AUGGGCGUCUUCUACGAGACCAUACCAGAGACUCUCAUCGAUUGGAUACGCGCCCAAAAUGUCUUCUGGGUUGCUACUGCGCCGUUGUCGGGAUCAGGCCAUGUCAAUGUCUCCCCGAAAGGUGGCAAAUAUUUCGGAGUGCUAGACGAAAGGACGUUCUGGUACCUAGACUUGUCAGGCAGCGGCAAUGAGACUAUCAGCCACCUCAUCGAGCCUGGUAACGGCAGGAUCACCAUCCAGAUGAACGAGUUCAAACGUGCUGCGCCCAAGAUCGUCCGGCUCUGGGGCCAUGGUCUUGUCCUACCACGAGAAUCGAAAGACUUCAACCACUUCGUGGAGUCACAGGAUUUGCACGACAUGUUGCGAGAGCUACCUGGGCACAGAUCCGUCAUCAUCGUGGAUAUCCAUCAGGUCGGCUCAUCUUGUGGCUUCAGCGUCCCCUACAUGGAUCACGCAGGCUUCAGGACCACUUUGAACGACGUCUAUGCCAAAAAGGACAAGAAGUUCCGAGAGGGCAAUAAGGAUGAAUCCAUGGAGAGAUAUUGGUCUUACAAAAACAGCUGGAGCAUUGACAAGCUUCCUGGUCUACCCAACGUUGUUGCAUAUGGGAAGCGUAAUAAGAUCGAACCUAUAACCAAGAUGGUCGGUCCGCGCGCGCCACAAACGCAUCCAUAUACAAAGCUGGACAGUAACAUCAUGAUAUUCAUGAUGAUAGUAUGGAGUUUCUUGGCCGGCGUUCUCAUCACAUUGCACUUUGAAACACUGCUCGGCCUCAUAACGGACUUUGUCCCACCGGCGAUGAUCGAUCUGCUUACCCAAGCGAUACCACAGACCAAAGCAUAA